CCAAGAAGUCAGAGCCAGGAGUUCUGAGCCUCCCUUCCCGUUAUGAUGACGCAGGCUUUCUCAGUCUCGGACAGAAGACUUUGGGCGGUGGGCGGAGGCGGAGGUGUAGACACACUCCAGGCUACGAUUUGCCCCUUACUCUUCUAAAACUGCUGGGAGGAAUGUCUCUAGCUCACACCGCAGGCCAUCCUUUGCUGAUACUGCAGCUGAUAGAACCCAGGAAGGCUCUGGGCAAUGCCCACUCUCGGUGCCUCAACCUCGCUGUCAAAUCUCAGUCCAGACCAGGCCAGCCCUGGUGUCAAGUCCAGGGCUCCAUGGACACAAAGCCUUUCCUCCAGUGUGACAGUGACAGCAGCAAGGUCAGACCUUUGGGUUUCCUGGGGGAGGAGGUAAACGACACCAAAGCGUGGACUGAAUUGAGCCAGACGCUGGGAGAAGCAGGAAGAGAGCUCAGGAUGGUCCUGCCUGUGAUCAAACUGGACAAAAAGGAGACAGGAGGUCCUCCCACCCUGCAGGUCAGGCUGUGUUGUCAGCGUGAAGCCGAGCAUAUAUAUAUAUUGUUUCCAGACCUUCUCUCCUUCCUGUUGUCCUGA